UGGCAAUUAGGACUCAGAACACGCGCACUCCCAGUGUGAGAUCUGAAGCCUUCUUACGUUCUUCCCCCCUUCCUGUCGACUCCAUUCGUCUCUGCAAUUGCUUCCCAUGGCUGCAUCCACGCUUCCCUUCUCUUGCCAUUUGCCUGCUCUGCUUUCCUCGGAUCUGCAGAAGGCUUCCCCCCUCCUGCCUACGCAGUUGUUUGCAGGGACUGAUCUCCCGCACCACCGGCAUCGUCAUGGGUUUCUCACGCCUAGGAGACGGUCAUGUGUUUGCGCCUCACUAUCAGGAACUGGGGAGUACUUCUCGCAGCGGCCACCAACUCCGCUGCUGGACACCGUCAACUAUCCCAUCCAUAUGAAGAAUCUCUCGGUCAAGGAACUCAAACAACUUGCGGACGAACUUCGGUCAGAUGUCAUCUUCCAUGUCUCUAAGACGGGAGGACAUCUUGGUUCGAGCCUUGGAGUGGUUGAGCUAACCGUCGCUCUACACUAUGUCUUCAAUGCUCCUCAAGACAAGAUACUAUGGGAUGUUGGGCACCAGUCGUACCCACACAAGAUACUAACAGGGAGGAGAGACAAGAUGCCUACGUUACGACGGACGAAUGGAUUAUCUGGGUUCACAAAACGAUCAGAGAGUGACUAUGAUAGCUUUGGAACUGGUCAUAGUUCAACCAGCAUCUCAGCAGCCCUUGGGAUGGCUGUCGGAAGGGAUCUGAAGGGCAGAAAGAAUAAUGUUAUAGCAGUGAUAGGGGAUGGGGCCAUGACUGCUGGACAAGCAUAUGAAGCUAUGAACAAUGCUGGGUAUCUUGACUCGGACAUGAUUGUCAUUCUGAAUGACAACAAGCAGGUCUCUCUGCCCACUGCAAGUCUUGACGGGCCUAUACCACCAGUUGGAGCUUUAAGCAGUGCUCUCAGUAGAUUACAAUCUAGCAGACCAUUAAGAGAACUGAGAGAGGUCGCCAAGGGAGUUACGAAGCAGAUUGGUGGAUCGAUGCAUCAAAUUGCGGCAAAAGUCGAUGAAUAUGCUCGAGGAAUGAUUAGUGGAUCUGGCUCAACUUUGUUUGAAGAGCUUGGUCUCUAUUAUAUUGGCCCGGUGGAUGGCCACAACAUAGAUGACCUCGUUUCCAUACUCAAGGAGGUUAAGGACACAAAGACAACAGGUCCAGUUCUUAUACAUGUUGUAACAGAAAAAGGACGGGGAUAUCCCUAUGCAGAGAGAGCUGCUGACAAGUAUCAUGGUGUUACCAAAUUUGAUCCGGCCACUGGGAAACAAUUGAAGUCGAUCUCUCAGACUCAAUCUUAUACCAAUUAUUUUGCUGAAGCUUUGAUAGCUGAGGCAGAGGUAGACAAAGAUAUAGUCGCAAUUCAUGCAGCCAUGGGAGGUGGAACCGGCCUUAACUACUUCCUUCGUCGAUUUCCAACAAGAUGUUUUGAUGUCGGUAUAGCCGAGCAGCAUGCUGUUACAUUUGCAGCUGGUCUAGCCUGCGAAGGCCUCAAGCCAUUCUGUGCAAUCUACUCAUCUUUCUUGCAACGGGCUUACGAUCAGGUGAUACAUGAUGUGGACUUGCAGAAACUUCCUGUAAGAUUUGCUAUGGACCGAGCGGGGCUUGUCGGAGCUGAUGGGCCAACUCAUUGUGGUGCAUUUGAUGUCACAUACAUGGCAUGUCUGCCUAAUAUGAUUGUCAUGGCUCCUUCCGAUGAAGCUGAACUGUUUCACAUGGUUGCCACUGCAGCAGCCAUCAAUGACCGGCCAUCCUGCUUCCGAUAUCCAAGAGGAAAUGGCAUUGGCGUUCCCCUGCCCCAAGGAAACAAAGGUGUUCCGCUUGAGAUCGGCAAAGGCAGGAUAUUGAUUGAGGGUGAGAGGGUGGCUCUUCUUGGAUAUGGAACAGCAGUUCAGAGCUGUGUGGCUGCAGCUUCCCUCCUGGAACAACGUGGUCUAAGGGUCACAGUGGCUGAUGCACGAUUCUGCAAGCCGCUGGAUCAUGCUUUGAUUCGGAACUUAUCUAAAUCUCACCAAGUGCUGAUUACAGUUGAAGAAGGAUCCAUCGGAGGGUUUGGCUCUCAUGUCGCCCAGUUCAUGGCACUUAAUGGUCUUCUUGAUGGCACGAUAAAGUGGAGACCGCUGGUUCUUCCUGAUCGUUACAUCGAGCAUGGAUCACCCAAUGAUCAGCUGGCAGAAGCUGGUUUGACACCGUCUCAUGUUGCAGCCACAGUGCUCAACAUCCUUGGACAAACUAGAGAGGCACUUGAAAUCAUGUCAUAGGAGAUGCUAAAAGAGGGAAAGCAUUUUAAUUGCUUUUCCUUCAACUUUUCUUGAUAGAGGGAGACUCAAUUUUUGUCUCCUAAAAUGUAAGAACUAUAUAUGAGAGUGCAAGUAACUCCAGAGCAAUCAUCCAUUGUCAUGGAGUGACAGGAUAUUUUUAGA